AUGCUGGUCCGUUCCAAAGUUUGCCUACAGACAGUCAUUAGACGUUUGACUGAUUUCCCAGAAGCUAGUGCCAUUAAAAAAAAGUUCCAGUUUGUAAAAAGUACCUCGGUUAUCAAACAGUUGAAAGGGCUACCCAAUGGACAAACAGUAGUGAUAAAUGGGUGGAUGGAGAAGAAGCCCAAAAAAAUUGGAAAAAAUUUGGUUUUUGGACUUUUAAGGGACUGCAACGGUGAUACCAUUCAAUUGGUGGACAGCAAGUCUUUGCUAAAAGGCUUCACUUUAGAGGAUGUGAUCCAGGCCAAGGGAGUACUCUCUUUUAAGAGAAAACUAUCAAAUGAGGAAGCAGAUAAGUAUGAAGUGCAGUUGGAAGACAUUACUGUAUUAAAUGUCUCCAAUAAGAAACCUGCGCAACUGCAGGAUUUCAAAUCUUCAGCUGUAUACCCGCCUGAGUUUCGAUAUUUGCAACUAAGAAAUCCUAAAUUCCAGGAAUUUUUAAAAAAAAGAUCCUCGAUCUCGAAGGAAAUAAGAUGUUCCUUUAAUGAUUUGGAUUUUACGGAAGUGGAGACUCCAAUGUUAUUCAAAGCUACCCCAGAAGGCGCAAGAGAAUUUUUGGUUCCAACAAGGACGAAGAGAUCUGAUGGCAAGCCGUCGUUUUAUGCUCUGAAUCAGAGCCCUCAACAAUACAAGCAGCUCCUCAUGGCUGGCGGCAUUAACAAAUAUUAUCAAAUGGCGAGAUGUUUCAGGGAUGAAGACUUGAGAGCGGAUAGGCAACCUGAAUUCACACAAGUUGACAUGGAAAUGGCAUUCGCUGAUUCCGAAGACGUUAUGAAAGUCAUUGAGAAGAUUGUUUCUGAUGUGUGGAGCAAAUUCUCUAAAAAGGGAGAAUUAUACACUUUAGACAACCGUGGGGUCUUGAUACCUUUGAAAAAAGAGGACGGUACAGUAUCGCUAUUUCGUAUGUCUUAUGAGCAAGCAAUGACACAAUACGGUAUUGACAAACCAGACUUGAGAGCGCCAGAUUUGAAAAUUAUUAAUUUAGCUGAGUUCAAUGCAUUCAGCCAUUUGAACCAAAAAUUUCCGGUUUUUGAAGUAAUGAUUUUGAGAAAUGCCUUUUCAAAUAUGGAGGAGUAUAAAGAACGUUGGUCUUUCUUGACAAAUGACAAUAACUACAACUAUAGAGUCCCAAUCGUACUUCCGAUUGAAAGUGAUGAACAAGCUCAGUCAAACUGGUUUGAGGAUUUUCAUGCGAUUGCUACUUUUGAGAACCCUCACUUGAUAACCAAAUUCCUGAAAUUACAAAAAGGCGACAUUGUAUGCGGGUGCACAAGAGAACCAAAUUACUCCAUUUUUGAGAAUCCUACUCCUCUGGGAAGGUUGCGACAGCUAGUAUUGCAAAGUGAGAAUGGAAAGAUUCUUUAUUACAGUACAGAUAAAGAUGUCGCCUCAUGGAUUGUUGAUUUCCCAUUAUUUUCACCUGUUACGCUUGAAGAAAAACCUGAUCAAAAAGAAAAGUAUGCAUAUCCGGAGUACGAAAGGGGCAAGCUAUGUUCUACACAUCAUCCUUUCACGAUGGUGAAGCUUGAUGACUACGAAAAAUUGGAGAAGACCCCGACAAGGUGUUUGGGUCAACAUUAUGACUUCGUGGUUAAUGGCGUAGAACUAGGCGGCGGCUCCACAAGAGUUCACGAUCCAAAAUUGCAAGACUAUAUUUUCGAGAACAUUUUGAACAUAGAUAAUGCAUAUGAGCUAUUUGGCCAUCUGUUAGACGCUUUUGAUAUGGGAACACCACCGCAUGCUGGAUUCGCGAUCGGUUUUGAUAGAAUGUGUGCUAUGAUCUGCGGGACCGAGAGUAUAAGGGAUGUGAUUGCUUUCCCCAAAAGUAUCACCGGAGCUGAUUUAGUUGUCAAGAGUCCAAGUGUAAUAUCUGAAGACAUCUUAAAGGCUUAUAAUAUCAAAUACAGCAGUUCCAAACAGUGA